AUGGACAUAAUUAAUCCUUAUGACUCCGGUUAUGAGAUACAGACAACCAAGUUCUUUAUGAUUGCAGUACACCACCACCCCACUGGACUGCUUAAGACAGCUAAAAAGUGUGGAUUUCAAUAUCCUACUACAUUAAGAUUAUUCCACAUCGGUUAUGUUCUAGGCGUAAUAUAUGGAUUCUUGUUCUCACUCAUCUUAACAGCGAGAGAAAACUACUACUCAGAUGCUAGUCUAAUCAGUAGCAUCUACUUGGAGUUAUCAUCUCUGAGACAGGGAUUAUUUAUCAGCUUUUUCUGGGGAGUAUAUACUACGAGUUGGACUACUGGUUUAGAUCUUGAAGGUCUUUGUUUACCGGAUCCAAGUUCUCUUGUGCUUUUCAUGACCAUCAUGUUAAGUGCAUUAAGUAUAGUGGUAUCCAGCGUAUAUUUGAAAAACCAACAUUUGUAUACAAGCUGUACGAAUAUCAUGACAUUCACUUUGGUAGUCGCCUUCUUAAUGUUAGUCUAUAACUCCAUACCAGUGAACCGGUUUGUAACUCCGUUCAUAUCGUACCUGAAUGGUACUUUUUAG